AUGCCGCUUAAAUUCGCUCCUAAAAGUUUGGACUCUGACGAUUCUAUGCGUCUUGCGCUUCUCCACAUGCUGCGGCAGGAGAACGUCAUCAUUCUUCAGACAUUUAUCAGCCAACGCGGCAGUGCAGCAACGCCGCGACGGAGGCCGCUGCGUUCACUGCAGCACUCUUCCUGCUGCCCAACAGAGACGGCAGCGGAGAUGCCAUACCGCGUGGAAAUAGUGCCGUUGCAGCUGCCGCAGUUGGUCCACGGACCCCCGAGUGGAGCAAUGGGGGCUGCGGCUCAGGCAGUGGAGGCAGCGGGUUUGCCCCUGCCACAUUCCCCACAUUUUUUUGCGGAGCGGCCGACGCAGCUGUUUUUGUCGAUUUCACUGCCACAUUUUGACAUGCCGCUGGUUUUUGAGUCGCCGCAUCGCGGGAAGCAAGGCCCGCAGGCUCGCCGGCUUGUGUGGCUGCCGCCGGCAGUGAUGGACAGGGAAGUGGCCGCGACAUGGGACGAGAUGCUCUCAACCUUCUGCGCUGCGUGGGGCGGCACUGUGCGAGUGACGGCAUCAUUGUUGCCGUUGCCGUUGUUGUCGCCGCCGCCACCGUUCUCACAGCUGCCCUCCGCAGAACAGCCGCUAAAAGAAGUACGGGCGCCGCCUCAGGGCGGGCAGCCAACGUCGCUCCAGCUGGAUCCUAUCGUUGUUCCAUGCCAAACGUUCUGCCAGCGAUGGCGUGAACGCGUGCUGCCACCGCUGUCGGAUGUUGAUGUUGCAGGCAGGUGGGGCGACAUUCGAUCAGCGCUUACGGCGCAUGAGGCGGCGCUGCGACGGCGUUUCUUCACGGCCACGCGGACUUCGGUGGCUGCGGCUGCGGCGUUCCCAUCCCCAUCAGUCAUGGCUGUGGUCGACUCGCCUCAGCUAAGCGAUGCCGGUGACGCGGGUGGGUGCCUUGAGUUAGUCCGCGUCGUCGUCCCGCCUCUGCCGCGUGUGAAAAGCAGGCGGACCCGGUGCCCGUGGCGAGAGGAGAGCUGCGCUGGCGUGUGGAACGCACCCCAACAGUCGCUAUUUUUACGAGUGCCGCAGUGCAUGACGCGCGCCACAGAGCUGCGAUUUCCUGACGGGAAACACGUGCGACAGACGCUGACGCUGCGGAAUACUGCGAAAGAACGCCUGCAGACGCUGUGUGUUUUGCGUCCACUACGACGACGGCGGCGACAGACGGCUGGGUGGUUUUCAACUGGCAAAUUUUGCGUGGCGCAAAGCUGCGAUCUCGCCGCUGUUGCUCUGCUGCCCUCGGCGGCGGUGUUGUCAUCUGCCUCGCACUUGAGGUCACCGGGCCGCUCUGCCGCGAAGAGGAGGUGCGUCGAAGUUUUUCAGCCCCCGACACCACUGCAGCUGUCGUUGCAUGUGCACGCCACGGCCGUCUUUGCCCCCGCCGUGUGGCAGCCAUUAACAGUGGCGGCGGAAGAAAACAGUGACACCGGCUGCACGGAGGGCCCAAAGCUUGCUCCUUGGCGAGUGUUCCCACGAGAGGUGGAGCUGCAGACCUUCCAGCAGCUGCUCGAGCGUAGGAUGGAGCGGCGAGGCACAGUGGGGCAUGCGGGGGAAGAUGAUAACGCGGAUGGGGAGCCGUGGUGUCAUGCUGCUUUUUUGCACGACGUCCACACCAUGCCGCUGCCGUACCGAGAGGCUCCCGCUCUAGUUGAUGACGCGAGGUUACACUACUGUUACCGUCUGGCGCUGCACCGAGAGCGGCGCCAUCUUGGUCUUUGA